GGAGGAUUCAGAAGAGUCUUCAUCACAUCUUGAUCUCACACCUGUCUGCAAAUUCAACAUGCUGCAACGAGAGCUGAGCGUCCUCACCUUGUUGGUGCUACUAUGCCAGCAAAGUGUCAAGGCAAAAGACCUCAUCGCCUGUGAGGGAGAAACUGCCAAGCCCACCUGUGCAAAGGGAACCAUUAAGGUUCUUUCUGCCAAUUAUGGGCGAACAGACAAAACAGCCUGCUCUACUGGAAGACCUGCUAACCAGCUCUCAAAUGUUCAGUGCAGACAGAGUACAUCCCUAAGUGUGGUGGCCAAACAAUGUGAUGGAAAACAGGAUUGUUCCAUUCCUGCGACUAACAAAGUUUUCAGUGAUCCAUGUGUUGGGACUUACAAAUACCUGAAUGUGUCCUACACCUGUUCCCAAGGAAAAACAGUUAUAAUCUGUCAAGAUAAAAGCAGUGACAUUAGCUGUGAGGGACGUCGCAGACUUCACAUUCACUUUGCUAACUAUGGGAGGAGAGAUAAGGUGACCUGCCCUUGCCGGGAUCCUAAAGCCAUGUCCACCAUGUGCAUCUCCUCUGAGACCAGGAACCUGCAAAACAAGUGUAAUGGAAAGAAACAUUGUCAACUACAUGCUUCAAAUUCUAAUUUCAUUGAUCGGUGCCCUCGCAUCCAUAAAUAUUUGGAGGUGUCUUACAGUUGUGAAUACUGAUGAUAAACCCAGCAAUGUAAACAUCUGCACAUCUUCUGUGACCUUUUAUUGAGCGCGAAAAAAAAUUCAUAGACUCAAGCAAUUUAAUAACAUAUAUGCCCGGUUUCACAGACAAGGUUUAAGCCUAGUCCCAGACUAAAAUAAAUAAUUGAGCUGUCUGAAAUUAAAAUAACUUGAAAUAUCUUCAAAUAUGUCAGUGCCAUUGUUUUGUCUCAAGAUGCAUACCAGUAAUGUUUUUAUCUAAGGCAUUUUUAUAAAAGUGACUUAAAUAUCCUAAUUUAAAUAUAGGCAUAGUCCUGGCUUAAGAUAAGCCUUGUCUGUGAAACCGGGCCUUAACAUAUUGAAAGCAAAUUUUCACUAGUUUCACCCAUUUAUGUAGAAUCUGAAUGUUAUACUUAAUAUAAUAGUACGGUAACAAUAUUUAGACUCACACAACAAAAUAUCUAGAUGUUUGAUUAAGUAAAACUAAGUAAUAUCUGAAUAUUGUAAGGAAACUGUAUGAAAUUUAUAUUUUUCAGUUUUUUUUCCUCAUGUCUUUUAUGGUCCUAAGGUUUGUUCUGUCCUGAUAUAAUCAGCUAUAUCUAUUCAAUAAAUUGCUUUUAAUUGCAAA